AACCUAAACGCAUCGUCAAUUAAGGAUGAUGGUUGGCUCUCCUACCCCAACCACACACCUUUAAUGCACAAGUACGAGCACUUGCCUACACAGUACACACUGCUAUUUCUAUUAUUUGUCUUGCGGAGACAUCGAAGAACCAAAUCCCAUUUGGAGCUUCAGUUCCGAGUUUCUAGUUCUGUCCGAAUCUUGAACAUAAUUCUUUGAAAUUCAAAGGGUUUCCUUUUUCUGACAUUUGGCGAACCGUGUCUCGCUCAUUUGAUCUUCAGAAUGAAGGUGACCGUAGUUUCUCGCAGUGGUAGAGAGGUCAUUAAAGGGGGCCUUGAGCUUAGUGAUUCGGCAACAGUGGCUGAUCUGCAAGAGGCUAUUCAUAAGCGAACCAAAAAAUUCUACCCUGCAAGACAGCGACUGACCCUACCUCUUCCACCGGGAUCAAAGGAAAGGCCCACUGUACUCAACUACAAGAAGAACCUCAAAGAAUACCAAGAUGGGAAUUUAGACAGCUUAACUAUUCUUUUCAAGGACCUGGGUCCGCAAGUUUCCUACCGCACACUCUUUUUCUUUGAAUACUUGGGUCCUUUGGUGCUCUAUCCUUUUUUUUACUACUUCCCAGUCUACCAGUUUUUGGGCUACAAGGGAGAGCAUAUCAAGCACCCAGUUCAGACAUAUGCAUUGUACUACUGGUGCUUCCACUAUUUCAAACGCAUCAUGGAAACAUUUUUUGUGCACCGGUUUAGCCAUGCAACUUCUCCGCUCUCCAAUGUGUUUCGAAAUUGUGCUUAUUAUUGGACCUUUGGUUCCUAUAUCGCUUGCUACGUGAACCAUCCACUUUACACCCCUAUUGGUGAUCUUCAAAUGAAGAUUGGCUUUGGCUUUGGCUUGGUUUGUCAACUCGCAAACUUUUAUUGCCAUAUCUUGCUGAGGAAUCUUCGCCGUCCAGAUGGGAAUGGCGGCUAUCAAAUCCCAAGUGGAUUUCUCUUCAAUAUUGUUACAUGUGCAAAUUACACAACAGAGAUUUAUCAAUGGUUAGGUUUCAAUAUUGCAACCCAGACUGUUGCUGGCUACAUUUUUCUCGUGGUUGCUACUUCCAUCAUGACCAAUUGGGCCCUUGCAAAGCAUCGCAGAUUGAAGAAGCUAUUCGAUGGAAAGGAUGGAAGACCUAAAUAUCCACGAAGAUGGGUUAUACUGCCCCCAGUCCUGUAGAUUAACUGGUAUCUCAGCCACAAGUCAGCUGCUUUGGUGUGUCGUCUGAUUUGUUAUCAGGAAUCUCAUGUUUCGGUGCUUGUCUAGUAGAAAGUGGAGUUCACGUUCCCAUUCGAUUGCCCGAGGAUCGUAGGCUUUUAUUCUAGACAGCUUAAAUUAAUGGAAACUUAGCAACGAGGAUAGUUCGUCGUCGACCUUUAUUUCUUUCUUGUCUUGAAUUAUUUGGAAUAGUUUUUUGAAUCGUAUUGGUUUUAGCUAAUUUGUUGAAA